AUGCGUCGAAGUGUUUUCUUUAUGGGCCGUAAUUUAACGCGGCGUCAUUUGAACGCUUGUCGCAGUCCACUACUGACUGGAUACGUGCGGACCACAUCUCUAUCCUGUACUGCACAUGGGUUGACAGCAUCACCGCUCUCUUCUGGUGCACUUCUUGGAUCGGCGACCGCUUCUGGUUCACCACUGCGUAUGGAGGACGUUACGGAGAGCAUAAUGAAUUACACAGUUGCCACACUUCUCGCACAGGGAAUGUGUGCUGCUCUUAUAACGAAAUUCAGCUGUAUGCAGAAUAUAUCAACGUGCGUUAUAGCAUGCGAAAGAGUAUUUAUGUCGUUGCCAGCUGAUGGGGAAAAGAAGAGUGUAUGCUGA